AGGGUCCGAUCGGGCGUGCGUGCCGCCGUUGAUCCGGUGCUGCAGUGAGGAGGUGGUUCUCGCCCGUGUUGUGUGUGUGUGUGUGAGUGAGUGUGUGUGUGGUGUGAGUGAGGGAGCGUGUGCGUGAGUGAGUGAGUGUGUGUGGGGGCACUCGGCUUCUCGUUGUCGGUGACUUCCCCUCCCCUCGCCCUCCCCCUCCCCGCCGCCGCUGCAGUGGCCGCUCCCUGGGCCGUAGGAAAUGAGCGAUAACGAUGACAUCGAGGUGGAGAGCGACGAAGAGCAACCGAGGUUUCAAUCUGCGGCUGACAAACGAGCUCAUCAUAAUGCACUGGAACGAAAACGUAGGGACCAUAUCAAAGACAGCUUUCACAGUUUGCGGGACUCCGUCCCAUCACUCCAAGGAGAGAAGGCAUCCCGGGCCCAAAUCCUAGACAAAGCCACAGAGUAUAUCCAGUAUAUGAGAAGGAAAAACCACACGCACCAGCAAGAUAUUGAUGACCUCAAACGGCAGAACGCUCUUCUGGAGCAGCAAGUCCGUGCACUGGAGAAGGCAAGGUCAAGUGCUCAACUGCAGACCAACUACUCCUCCUCAGACAACAGCCUCUACACCAACGCCAAGGGCAGCACCAUCUCUGCCUUCGAUGGGGGCUCCGACUCCAGCUCAGAGUCAGAGCCUGAAGAGCCCCAAAGCAGGAAGAAACUCCGGAUGGAGGCCAGCUAAAGCCGCUGGGGCAGGCCAGCAAUAAAAACUGUCUGUCUCCUCCAUCGUCUCAGUUCUCCUCUCAGUUCAUCGUUAGAACCCUCAACCAUUUAAGAGACUCUUUCUUUCUUUUUUUUUUUUUAAUUUUUAUUUUUACAUAGAAGCUCUUGGACAACAACUUGUUCUCCUUCCCCAUUUUCACCUCUUCCCCUUCCCCACCAGUGUAUUCCCUUCAGGGAUUCCCUGUCUCUUCCAGGAAUUUUAAAACCAAAACACCCCAACUUGGCAGCUUUUUCUGUGGAGGACAGACAGCCGGCCGGACCUGAACACAUGGUGUCCUGUCCACCCUACCAGCUCCUCUAGCCCUGCUGGGCACUUGCCUGGAGGGAUGCCUGCCCUGCUAGGCCUCCUCCCAGUCCUCUCCCCACCCUCCCACCUCUGUUUGAUAGACUUUGUGAAUCUGUGACUGGCUCGACUUUGAGAAGAUGACCAGGUUGGAGUAAUCACGAUCACCCCCUCUCGUUCAUAAGGAUUGCUUUUUCUGGAAAGCUUUUCUCGCUCCAGUUGAAAGACCAGAUCCUUAAGGAAGUUUGUGGUGGGACUGGGGCCUGGGUCAAGUGGUAGAGUGCUCUCCUAGCAAGUGCAAGGCCCUGAGUUCAAGCCCCAGAACCACAAAAACAAGUUUGUGGUGUAAAAGGAAAGUGGAGAAAGAUUUGCAGAUUCACUCCUGCUUCUCAGCCAGCUGUCUAAAGCUGCAGUGCCAGCCUUCCGGAGGGCCACGUGACACUUGUGGUGUGCACAGGAGACAGCAGCAGUGGAGCGGCAGCCACCAGAGAGUGGUAGGGGGUGGUUACUGGGGGUGGGACAGGGAGGGAGUUUGGGUGGGGUAAAAGUUUUUUAUUGAGGGCCAGUGAUGAUGUUUUGAUAUUUAUUUCCUGCUACUGAAAUUUGAAUUGAGUGAAUUGUCCCUAUUACUGAUGAUGUCGAUACUGCAAAGCGACAGAUUCAUAAAGUAAUUAUCAAAUCUUCAUUUCUUUUUGUGUGUAUUUCUAAGAAAUAGAGCCAACUGAUUUUGUAUGUAAAUACCAAGAGCAAUUUACCUGGUACUAAACCCGCACCUGAGUGCGGUCCCACCUUCAUCCCGAGUCCUUUUUUUCCUCUCCUGGAACCUGUCUCCACUGUGUGGUCCAGCCCUGGUUCUGGCUGCCAUCAACAGAUCCCAGUGAAGGGUUUUGUGUCUUUAGGCCUCAUCUCUUUGUCUUUUUCCUACUCUGUUCCUGGCAUUUGCUGAUUUUCUAGUGUAUACUCUGUAGUCUCAGUCCGUGUUUGAUUCCAUUCCAUGGAAAUAAAAAGUAUGUUGUACAUACUGCUGAAGAACUGUCUUGCAAGUUAAGGCUUUCCCCUUUACUAUAAGACUAUAAAUAAAAACUUAUUUUAUCCUU